GAGCGGAACAAUCGGACGCGGCGGUCGCGCGGCUCGCCACAUAAUUCAAUAUCACUUUAUUUAGCUCCCACAACAUGUAACAACACAUCGAGGGCCCUCCACACAAAUAUAAAAUGAGUUCGCUAUAAUUCGGUAUAAGGAAAAUAAUAUCGCCAAAAUGGACAAAACCGAGAAAGCAGAAAUAAGUAUGUCGCCCGGAGAGACAACAGAAGUCUUACCGUUAAAAUCGGAAACCAAUAACGGGGUGCAAAACAUGACCUUUAUUGAGAAAAUAAAAUAUGUGAAGUCUAAUAUUACCGUGGAGCCGGUACUGGCUUUGUUCGUGAUGCCGAGCGUGUUGGCUAUGUUGGCGACGCAAAAUCUCAAUUUGGACAAGGCGUGUAGGGUUAAUUUAGAAUUUGGCGAUGAAGUGUGUACGGCGUUGAGGCUCCGCAAGCGAGCGAAUCACAGUUUUGAAGAGGAUGAAGUGCAGAAAAUGAUUGCUUCGGUCCAGGCAUGGAAGAGUGUUAUACAGACUUCUGUGCCGACUAUUUUGAUGUUAUUCGUGGGCGCGUGGAGUGACAAGACUGGACGCCGGAAAAUCUGCAUGAUACUGCCACUGUUUGGCGAAUUCAUGACGUGUUUACUCAAUAUUGUAAACACGUACUUCUUCUAUGAAGUUCCUGUGGAAUUGACUGUGUUUAUGGAAGUCAUAUUUCCAUCGUUAACCGGAGGGUGGUACACCAUGUUUCUUGGUGCUUUUAGUUACUUGGGAGAUGUGACAUCGAGAGAAACGAGGACAUUUAGAAUCGGUAUCCUUAAUUUGUGUAUGACUAUAGGGUUUCCCAUAGGAAUGGGACUCAGUGGUGUGCUUUUGAAAUUGUUGGGGUAUUACGGUGUGUUCACAAUAUCCGCUUUAUUGCAAUUGACGAACAUUUGUUACGUGUACUUUAUGUUAGAGGAUCACAGGUGGCUUGAGAAAAAAGAUAAUAAGGACAAAAAGACAGGAGUCAGAAGCUUUCUCCUGGAGUUCUUUGACAUUCGUAGUUUGAAGGAGACCUUAGAGAUUGCAUUUAAAAAAGGCGCCAACAAUAGGAGGCUACGCGUGUGUCUUAUCUUGUCUGUAGUCUGCCUUACUUUUGGACCUAUGUGGGGCGAACUCAGCGUCAUGUACAUAUUCGCUCGGUACCGUUUCAACUGGGAUGAGGUGAAGUACAGCAUCUACUCCACCUACAGUCUCAUCACGCAUUCUAUUGGGACGCUAUUCAGCAUAAGUGUGUUCAGUAAGAAACUGGGAGCAGAUGAUGCUGUUCUGGGCAUGAUCUCAGCCGCCAGCAAGAUCUGUGGUGCAUUGGUACUGGCGUUUGCUAGAAACGACAUUGAAGUUUACAUGUGUCCGCUUGUCGAAAUUUUGAAUGGUACUAGCGGCAUCGCGCUCCGUUCAAUAGCUUCAAAGUUAGUCUCUUAUCAGGAACUAGGUAAAGUUUUCUCGCUUUUUGGCGUAGCGGAAACGAUAAUGCCCCUGGUCUUCACACCACUGUACUCCAGGGUCUAUAUCUUGUCGCUUCACGUAUUGCCCGGGGCAGUGUUCCUGCUAAGUGUGCUGGCGAGUUUACCAGUCUUCGGCAUAUUUGGUUGGUUCUACUUUCAACACAAAAGGGAUGAACGGGACAAGCGAUUGAAUAUACCAAGUCUGAAUACUUCUGACACAAAACCUAAAUCUAUAGAAGCCAGUGGAACAGAGCCAUCUGCUGCUCCAACGGAACAGUGUCCGAAAGUGUAA